UUUAUAUUUCAUACCGUCUUCAUUCCUCCUACGUGGUCUCAGCUAACGGCUAUUAUCGGUUCUUUGGCUUAGAGUUGUUUCACCGUACUAACUUGUCACUCGGGGGAAAAGUGAAACACUGUCAUAGAAUUUAACAGCAGUAACGUUGUCACAGUUUAUCGAACUAUAUAAGUAUAGCACUCGCCGGGAGGAAUUAAUCUGAACGUGGAUGCCGACUAGCUAACAUUAACUUUGGCUAAUAAACUUACCCCAGGUAAAAUUACCUGCAGUUCUGCUCAGACCGGUCACCUGUGAUGAGAAGCAGGUCACAACAGCCAGACGAGUCUUGGGACGUUGUUGUUGUUGUACAUUAACCGAACAAAGUGAUGAGCUGUCAGGCCAAUAACACUGUUCCAAUGAGGGUGCUGGUGACAGGAGGGUCCGGCUUGGUCGGCCGGGCCAUACAGCACGUGGUCAACGAGGAGGGGGGAGCCAAGGAGGGGGAAGAAUGGAUAUUCCUCUCGUCCAAAGAUGCCAACCUCUUGAACACAGAGGAGACAAUGGCAGUGUUUGAAAAACAUCGACCAACCCAUGUCAUUCACCUGGCUGCUAUGGUUGGGGGACUUUUCAAAAACAUGAAGUCCAACCUGGACUUUUGGAGGAACAACAUCUACAUCAAUGAUAAUGUGCUGAAGGCUGCACAUGCAGUUGAAGUGGACAGGGUGGUUUCCUGCCUAUCCACCUGCAUCUUUCCUGACAAGACCACCUACCCAAUCGACGAGACCAUGAUCCAUAACGGUCCUCCUCAUGAGUCGAACUUUGGCUAUUCCUAUGCAAAGAGAAUGCUUGAUGUUUAUAACAGGGCGUAUUUCGAGCAGCACGAGCGUCCCUACACGUCCGUGAUUCCCACAAAUGUGUUCGGUCCCCAUGACAACUUCAACAUUGAGGACGGUCAUGUGCUGCCAGGCCUCAUCCACAAAACUUAUAUUGCCAAGAAGGAAGGGAAGCCACUGGUGGUCUGGGGCUCCGGCACUCCCAGAAGACAGUUCAUUUACUCGCUGGACCUGGCCCGUCUCUUCAUCUGGGUCCUGAGAGACUAUAGAGAGGUCGAUCCGAUCAUUCUCUCUGUUGGAGAGGAAGAUGAGGUGUCCAUCAAAGAGGCUGCUGAAGCAGUAGUGAAAGCACUGGACUUUAAAGGAGAAGUGGUGUAUGAUACCAGUAAAUCAGACGGCCAGUUCAAAAAGACAGCCAGUAAUGCAAAGCUGCGCCGCCACCUGCCAGAUUUCACCUUCACACCCUUUGACCAAGCUUUGAAGGAAACCUGUGAUUGGUUUGUUGCCAACUAUGACUCAGCCCGGAAAUGAAACCUCUGGCAAACAAAUCGGUAUCAAGUGUCUCCAUCCAUGAUCCCUUUCUUUAGGUCAGAAGGUGAUGGUGAUGGAGAGGACUGUAAGAAAUUAAGGUGGUUCAUCUGCACAGGCAGAUAAAUGACUGAAUGAACGCUUUCAUAUGCUGUCACUCCUGUCUGUGCACUGUCAGCUGGGGCCUGUUCCACAGAGCAAAUUCCUCCUAGUUCAGGUUUAGCCACUAACCUGAUACCUGGGGUAUAUCCCAAGUCCAUUAAAAUGCAUUCAUGUUUUCCUCACAUGGAUGUUAAGACCUAUUUACACACAUUUUUAACUUGAUGGUGAAUCAGAAAACCAACUAAAGAACUUGUGAGCGAUACAGUUUGGUUUCAUCUGUUUUCAGUCUUCACUCCUGUAUGACACACCAGAUCAUUGUCAGAUCAUUCUGUCAACUGCAGCAUCAAAUUGCUGACUAAUAUCCAAGAACUGUGAGACUAUUAAAAACUUGGGUAUCCUCAGAAAUCCCUCCUCACUCCCUACUUUUUGCAGCAUGCAUGAUGGAACAAGCCCUGGACUAAACAUCACUUUGAAUUCAAGUCUGCAACACUGAACUGUAUUUAGGGGAAAUUCUGGUAUUUUUUAAACUUGUGCCCUAUAUUUACAUAUUUGGGUGUGUAAGUGAUUCAUAGUUAACAAAAGUUCUGCUUUAAUCUUGGAAUCCAGGUGUUGGUACAGCUCAAUCAUUUUAGUAAUUGUCUAGUGAGUACAAAUAUUUUUGUAGAUCAAUAUUUAAUCAUUGAAUCACUGUCAAUGUUGGUUUGAAUGGUUUAAGAUUGGGAACUUGAUUAGGUGCUUCAUUUAUAAAGCAGAAAAAAAGAAUGAAACCCGUGUUUAUGUACUUCUUUACAAAACCUGUCUUUGAUUUGAAGAUAAUGACGUACCACUCUGAAACGUCUCCAGUCUUGGUUGUAAAGGUUGGUUGGUUGUAAAGGUGGUUAUAUUUGUUCUGUGUUUCAGCAUCUGAAUUGGGCUUGAACAUGUACAACUGUACCGCUGCCUUGGUCACCAUAUGUAGCGCUGUCAUUUUGGAUCACACUACCCUGCUUGGCAGUUCCCCAGAGGCGAGAUGUCUUGUUCUGUCGCUAAAAUGGAGUGUUCAAGGUGCACUGUGAAAAGGGGUGAUGCAGCAGUGCAAACAUGACAAAAAUACAUAUUUUUUUGUUUUUAUUUAAGUGUGGUAACCUGUUCUACUAGAACCCCCAAAUAAAAUUAUGAACCUUAAAAUCAGCAUAAUGACCUCUUUAAGCAAGGUUUUUUAUUCUCAGUAUCUUUUAUGAAUCAAAUAUAAGUACAUAGUUGAAAAUAAGGAAUACAUCUGAGAACAUUGUUAUAAAUGAGGCCUCUGGCUUUGAUAAUUUAAUGAAGAGCAAGAUGGUUAGGGUAUGGGCUGUUUAAUAGUGGCUUGGAUGUUUUUUAUUCGGUCAAGUGAAAUAAAUGUUUUAUACCUAUAAA